AUGGAAUCCUUGCCAAUCCCCUACCAAAAGUCUGUUUGCCUGACCGUGGGUUCUUUGGUGAAGAUCAAAGGAAAUUUUCAGCCACAUUUUGCAAAGAACCCAGAACUUGUGGUGGAUUUCUGUGUGAGUCCUGUGGAAGGCAGUGACAUCGCAUUCCAUUUCCAAGUCUACACGAACAACAAGGUGGAGAUGAACAGCUUCCAGGACAGGACAUGGAGGGAGAAAGUGACGGCUUCUUCCGCCCCUUUUGUGAUAGAGCAGCCAUUUGAGCUUCGAUUUUUGGUGCAGGAGAAGGAAUAUGAGGUGUUUGUGAAUAAUAAGUCCACCUACCUCUUUGCCCACCGCAUGCCAGCACACUCUGUGAAAAUGCUGGAGGUGAGGGGAGAUAUUGUGCUGACUUCAGUGGAUGUUUGUUGA